UUUUACUCGAAAUUACUCAAAUUCUAUUUGUUUAUCUCUCAAAUACUUUGUAAUUAGAAAUUUACUUUAAACAUCUUGUACACAAUAAAAAAGAGAUAAUGAUUAAUUGUUGAUGGGCUUUCUUCUAAGAUUCAUACAUUAUAGGUUACCAAUACUUAGAUUUAAAUUAAACAACAGAAGUUUUAAUGUCUUCCCAUUAGUUUUGCCGCCAAUUGUUGUAGAUGUUAAGAAAAUGUCUCAGAAAAGUAUAACAUCGUUUUUUAAGAUCACGCCUAAAAAGCCUGAAAUAAAACAAGAAAAGGACGAAGUUAAAGAUACCAAUAAUGAAUCAACAAGUAAUGAGAACUCUCCAGUCACACCAAAGACAGAAAAGGUAUCUGCGAAGAGGCGUCGGUUGGACAGCAGUGGUAGUGAAACACCAAAAUCACCGUCUGCUUCACCAAUAACCAAUUCUGAGAAGAAAGCUAAAGGUAAGCGACUACGAAUAGAAAGCUCCGGUAGCGAAUCUGAGGCUAAAGAAGAUGGUGCAGCAGAAAUGAAAAUUCUUAAAAGUGAAAAUCCUCCAAAAACAUAUAAUUCGCCAAAAAGUAAAAAGGCUAAAAUAAAACAGGAAAAUCAGAAUGCAAAAAAGAAAGAAAAUAAGAGUCCUUCAUCUAAGAAAAUUAAAACUGAAGUUACAGAGAAAUCUCCAAAUAUUGAAAGUACUAAAAGUAGUCCAACUCAAAAUGGCAAUGCUACUGUAAAGAAAGAAAAAAGUCCUUCUCCUGAACCAAAAGAUCCAGUAAAUAUUAAAGAGAACAAAGAAACAAAGGAUGUGAAACAAAAUGGUCAAUCGAACAAUGAUCAGAAGGUUCCUAAAGAUAGUGACGAUUCAGCUAAAGUUUUAGUUGCAGAAGAGGAUUACAAUCCAGCCAAAUCGAAAUAUCAUCCAGUCAAUGAUGCUUGCUGGACCAAAGGACAAGCGGUUCCAUACCUUGCACUGGCCAAGACGUUAGAAGCUAUCGAAGCCACAUCAGCUCGUCUAAAGAUGGUGGAGAUACUGAGCAACUUCUUCCGUUCGGUGAUAGCGCUGACUCCCGAGGACUUGCUGCCCAGUAUCUACAUGUGUUUGAACCAGUUAGCGCCCGCAUAUCAUAGCUUGGAACUUGGCAUCGCGGAGACGUACCUGAUGAAGGCGGUGGGGCAGAGCACCGGGCGCUCGGUGUCGCAGGUGCGGGCGGCGGCGCGCGCGGCCGGGGACCUCGGCGCCGCCGCCGCCGCCGCCCGCGCCACGCAGCGCACGCUGCGGCCGCCGCCCCCGCUGCGGGCGCGCGCGGUGUUCACAGCGCUCAAGGACAUCGCGCACAUGACCGGUCAGGCGUCAGUCAAUAAAAAAAUCGCCAAGAUACAAUCGCUAUUUGUGGCGUGCAGGCAUUGUGAAGCAAAAUACUUAAUAAGAUCGCUGGAAGGGAAACUUCGCAUCGGUUUGGCGGAGCAAUCAGUGCUGCAAGCAUUGGCAGUAGCGACCGCUACAACGCCACCAAACCCUGACGGUGUGGAGGUGCUGGACGCGUCCAAGGGACUGUCUGCAGAGGUAUUCAAGGCACGAGUGGACGAGCACGCCCUGUUGAUAAAGACGACGUACUGCGAGUGUCCGGACUACGGGCGCGUGGUGCCGGCGCUGCUGCAGCACGGCGUCGGCUCCCUGCCGCAGCACUGUCGCCUCACUCCGGGGACUCCGCUCAAGCCCAUGCUGGCGCACCCCACGCGAGGAGUACAUCAAAUCUUCGACAGGUUCGAAAACGAGCAGUUCACGUGCGAGUGGAAGUACGACGGAGAACGGGCGCAGCUUCACGUGCCCGGAGAUGAAGAGCCUCGGCUGCAGGAAGCCGCCAUCUUCAGCCGGAACCAGGAGAACAACACCACGAAGUAUCCAGACGUGCUCCGUCGGCUACCAUCGCUGUUAAAGCCGACGGUCACCAGCUGCGUGCUGGACUGCGAGGCGGUCGCAUACGACACCGUCAACAAGCAGAUACUACCGUUCCAGGUACUAUCGACCCGUAAACGUAAGGAUGCCCGCGAAGAAGAUAUCAAAGUGCAGGUGUGCUUGUUCGUGUUCGACGUGCUGUACCUAAACGGGCGCGCGCUCGUUACGGAGCCGCUCGGGAGGAGACGGGAUAUGCUGCGGGAACACUUCAACGAAGUUCCUGGUGAGUGGCAGUUCGCGACUUCCAAGGACUGCACCACCAUGGAGGAGGUGCAGCAGUUCCUCGAUGAGGCCAUCCGCGGCUCCUGUGAGGGUCUCAUGGUGAAGAUGCUGACGGGGGAGAACGCGCGGUACGACAUCGCGCGGCGGUCACACAACUGGCUUAAGCUCAAGAAAGACUACUUAGAAGGGUGCGGAGAUUCGGUAGACGUGGUCGUUAUCGGCGGUUACCACGGGAAAGGCAGGCGCGCAGGUGUCUACGGCGGGUUCUUACUGGCCUGCUACGACCCCCACACCGAGGAGUACCAGUCGCUGUGCAAGAUCGGCACCGGCUUCUCAGAUGAGGACCUGCAGAAGUUGAGUGCGGCUCUCAACGAACAUGUCAUCGAUACGCCCAGGAAUUACUACAGGUUCGACAGUGCGCACCGUCCGGACGCGUGGUUCGAGGCGGCGCGAGUGUGGGAGGUGCGCGCCGCGGACCUGUCGCAGUCCGCCGCGCACCGCGCCGCGCGCGGGGCGCUGCACCCCGACCGCGGACUGUCGCUCAGGUUCCCCAGAUUCAUCCGCGAGCGUGAUGAUAAGACACCGGAGCAGGCGACGAGCGCGCAGCAGCUCGUAGAGAUGUAUCUUGCACAGGACCAGGUCAAGAACCAAACCACCAAGAAUACGAACCACGACGAGUUCUACUAAACGAGCAUAUAGAUCUGACAUUUUCCCCAACCGCAUCAUUUUUGCAUUCUUUAUUGAUUUCAAAAUUUUCAAAAUAAAGAUAAGAAUAAUUGUAUAUCUAAAAAUUGAGGGCACAUACUUAAAAUUACGUGGUACAGUAGUUCAGAAUCACUGAUCUAGA